GCAGCGGCUGCCACUUUGGCAUUGUAUAUCAGAAACAAGUUGGAAUCACACUGACAACUCAAGCUGUCCGGAAAACGCAGCCGGACUAGGUCGUCAGCCGCCAGACACAGUAAGAAACAAAUUCUGCCUUUUCCAUUUUUUCUCUGUUUCGAUUUGCGGCCGCGAUAGCUGCCUCUGCAUAUGCCAACACACCGCAUAAUUGCGUCGCAGCUGAGCAGAGUAGAACUACACUCACCACCGCGAUUCCUCGGGUUUGGUGCAGUUCAUUCUCACUCAUAAUGGCCAAUGGUCCAGCACCGUUUUCUGAGAUUGGCAAAAGGGCAAGAGACCUCUUGUACAAGGAUUAUAACUUCGACCACAAGUUUAGCCUGUCCAUUCCUAGCUCCAGUGGAUUGGGCCUUACUGCUACAGGGUUGAAGAAGGAUCAAUUUUUCUCGGGUGACAUAAAUACACUUUACAAGAGUGGAAAUGUUAUAGUGGAUGUGAAAGUUGAUACAUACUCUAAUGUAUCUACAAAAGUGACUUUGAACGAUGUUUUCCGUUGUAAAAAAGUAGCUUUGAGCUUCAAUAUACCUGAUCACAAGUCAGGAAAGUUGGAUGUGCAGUAUCUUCAUCCUCAUGCAGCUAUUGAUUCCAGUAUUGGAUUGAACCCAUCCCCUAAAUUGGAGCUUUCAGGUGCAUUUGGAAGCAAAGAUAUAUGUAUGGGUGCUGAAGCUGGAUUCAAUACAACUUCUGCUUCAUUCUCAAAAUUAAAUGCUGGAAUUGCCUUCAAUAAAUCAGAUUUCUCUGCAACACUUAUGCUGGCUGAUAAAGGAGAGUCUUUGAAGGCAUCUUACAUCCAUUAUGUGGAUCGCCCGGAUGGCUUAACAAUUGCCGCUGAAAUGGCUCACAGGUUUUCCACCUUUGAGAAUAGGUUUACCAUUGGGAGCUCACAGUCAAUAGACCCCAAAACAAUUUUGAAGACUCGAUUCAGUGAUGAUGGUAAAGCUGCCUUCCAAUGCCAACGAGCGUGGAGACCAAAUUCACUCAUAACCCUAUCUGCUGAGUAUGACUCCACAAAGAUAUUUGGUUCACCCGCCAAAUUUGGUCUUGCUCUUUCUCUAAAGCCUUAAAUCGGUUUGCCAAUUAAAUCUUAUUCAAUGACGUUUUAACUUUACCAUUCUAUCAUUUUCAUUGUUUCCAAUACCCCUGGUGGGAUGUUUUAAGCCCCUAUCAUGUCAUAAGAUAAACCACAGGAAUCAGUAUCAUUUGUGAAUCUUCUAAAGCCGAACGGGGAAAGAGACCCAGUUUUGAAAACUUACUUGAUGAUUAGAAUUUUUGUAGCCGAUUUAUAGUACUACCAUUCAGUUUCUGGCAUAUGAUUUUGUGACCAAAUUCUAUUUAUUUCAGUGAUUCACGGUCAGGUGGGUAGUGUAUGCCUGGGGUUUAAUUUCAUUAUUUUAGGCAACAUCUUCUCAUAUGGCUCUACUGUGGUUUAUUAUUCUAUUUCUUCAGCACUUCAUAUAUGAAAUAAUACGCACCCCAAACAUUUGAAUGAUUGCAAUUUAUAUGUUUUAUAUACUAAGGAUGUAGUAUGAAUAGGAAUGAGGUGCUGGAGAUGGAUACAUAUGGUGGAUGUGAAUAAUUUCAACGUUAUGUAUUAUCUUUUUUAAGGUGGUUACAUUUUGGAUAUUGGUGUUUUGUAAUUACCUUUGAUUUCCAAGGGUCCGUUUGAUUAUAAUAUUUGUCUAUUUAUGAUGAA